AGUAGCUUGUGCAAGGCUACCGGAAAUGAACACGUAAAAAGCGGAUCGAUAUCCGGAUGCUCAAUCUUUGGUUGUGUUGUGUGCAAGAUCCUUGACCAUCUACUUACGAACGCUUGUAUGCGCAUGACUCGGGUGAAAAACAAAAAACAAGAGCAACGAGUAAAGCCAAAGGAUUCUGAGGUGGAAGUAGCGCUAGAUCCGAGGAGUUCAGCUAAGAGUUUUUCUAUCAGUAUCACUUCUACUAGCAGAAAUAGCAAUGGCGUCCAGGGACCAUACUGGCUCCACGACAGACAGCGCCCAUGUAGCAGGCGACUGUCAGGAUCCAGAGACCGAUGGGAGCUUGCCCGAAGCUGUGCGCAGACUGAAAGAUUUGCUCGUGCAUCGCUAUCGUGGCGCAACAGCCGAUCUAGGUGAAGGCAUGGUAGAUAGCGGUGUUGCCGAACCCGGAGUAGCGGACGUGCAUGUGAACCUGAUUAUUUUGUCCAGACCAGAUCUGAGGCAGGAGUUUGAGAAUCCUAGGUUUGAUUCGAGCGAGGACAUGUGGCGUGUUGAACAUGUGUUCACUCGGGCUGCAGAAAGCUUGGAGAACAUCUCACUGGAGAAUCUGUUCAAUCUGGAAGAACGGCAGGAGGUGGUAUUCUGCAGCGGUGGGCGGACAUACCGCAUACUGGUGGUUGCGAGUGCCGGUUGUGGAAAGACGUUCGUGUUUACGAAAGUGGCGCCGUACAAAUGGGCAAUGAAAGAGAUGUGGAACCAGUUUGACCUUGUGCUGUCGAGAAAGCUACGUCACAAGGAGGUAAGGAAAGCGAAGAGUGUGUGUGCUCUGUUUGGUGUGGAAGAGCUGGGAGAAUUUUCUGGUGAAGAGCGUAGGGUGAUCGAUGACUUUGUUCGCCAGAAUCCGCAUCGUGUAUGUGUUCUGCUAGAUGGCCUAGACGAGACACGUGUUAGCGAGUGCAGUGGCUUUGUUUGUGGUGUAAUCAACGGCGAACAGCUGGAUGGUAUCCGCCUGGUGGUGACAUCCCGUCCCUGUGUCGACGUGCUGAGCCUGAGUAGUAAAAAGCAGUUCGACAGGCGCGUGGAGCUUGUAGGUUUCCGGCAAGACGAUGUAGAGGAUUACAUCGGGAAGGUGCUGAAAGCACCAGAGGAAGCAGCAGCCCUUGUAGCGGCAGUACGCGAUGACCCACACCUGGGCAGCAUGAUGGCAACGCCAUUCCUGGCAAUGCAGACGUGCAAACUGUUCCAUUGCCGCAAUGGCACGCUGCCUCGCUGCAUCACGGAUAUCUUUGACAUGAUGAUCAUCCAGGUGGCCGAGCGACACACCGGUGAGGUGUAUGCUUCCUGGAGUGAGAUCCCUUCCGCCGUCCGUGACCUUGUCCUGGAUCUUGGAGCCGUGGCAUUUUCCAUGCUGGAGAAACAGCGGCUGAUUUUCACGGACGCCGACUUGGUGCAGCACUCUAUCGCUACAGAGGCCAAGGCACUCGGGUUGCUGGUGCUAGCGGACACGACAACAAGGGAGGACAGCAAACUGUGGAUGUUCAGUCACCUGACAAUGCAAGAAUCCCUGUCGGCUCGCUAUGUAGGCGUCAGACGUGCAACUUCGUUACGAAGAGUUGUGCAAGAUGUGAAGGCCCUCGGUCCGACAACUGGACAUUUGAGAACUUUUUGGAUGCUGUUGACAGCCCAGCUGGAUGUGGAGAAAGCCGAGUGCUUGAUCAAUGGAUUGCUUACACGGGAACAUGUCGCGUCAUAUUCUUGGGCGAAUCGGAAAUAUGUCGAGUCGCGUCUUGACAGCGACAACGAAGAUGAUGACUUACUCCAUUCAUCAGCUACACAAGUUUUCCCCCUGGAUAUGCUGGAGGCACUGUGUUGCGAUUUGAACGACCACGACGUCCGCCGUCUCUCCGAAGAGCUGCUCUUUGAAGCCCUUGAUGGUGGUAGCGGCUCACGACUGGUGGAAAAGAGGUGCAAGAAUGGCCGGCUUGCUAGCAAUGAAGAGUUCCUGAAAACAUUGCUUCUCACGUGGGUAGAGAUUUGCCCAGAUUCCACUCGUACUUCAAUUGCCACUGCUCUCAACUAUAUGGGGAAAUCUGACCUUGCAGCGACUAUAACUGCGUUUACGCUCGUUGACUUGCCAUCAGCACUGCCUCACUAUCACAAAAAGAUUGCCUUUGUUGACCGGUCUCGCUUAGAUCUUUCUGUGCUAUGUUAUGCUGAAUAUGCCCGUCACCAUGGAAACAGCAGUGACUAUUGUAUAUCAAGUAUUGCUGCAGCACUGGAGAGCAACUUUGCCCAGAUUGAUUUCGGUGGUCAUCCGGCUAUUGUACGUGCGUACAAUUUGGCUCUUGCGCAGCACCCAUCCAGUGUGCACCGUUUGGAUAUAGACUUCCAGCCGGAUUCUCCCUGCUCAUUGAUUGAUGGCCUGCCUCAGCUUACCGCCAUUGCUGAUUUAGAAGUUGGCAGUUGUACAUGUGCUUGGCAGUGGGAGAAGAUCACGUCCAUCAUCACUUCAUCCAAGCACAACAUGAGAAAUGUCUUUAUGCGUAGAUGUCACCUUGGUGUUAGCACCGUGCCCUCGGACCCAGUCAGUCCGCAGCUGGCACAGGAUACCAGCACUGGGUCGGUAUCCACGAGCAGAGACGGCGGCCACAGCCCUGCUUCACUACUGGCUGAUGCACUGGCGGAUGUUCCCCACCUGCAGUCACUAGAGCUGCUUAACUGCUCUCACUUCAAAAGUGAUGAUGUGCAGCUUAUCUAUGAAGCUUUGGGCAAUUCACAUCACCUCCUCAAACUGCGGUUUUCAGAACCUCUGCAAUCCCACUUCUUACCUACGCUAGCAUGUAACUUGUCCUCCAAAUGGAACGCCUUACGCGAGCUUCAGGUGUCGCUCAUUGUAGUUGAUCCAUUGGCAGCUGAACAACUGUCCAUGUUGCUACAUGCCAUCAGUGAGCACAAGUCAUUAAUUACGCUCCUAUUGAGCGUCUAUGAGGAUACAGAUGUAUCCAAAUACAGUGCAGUGCAGGACAUCUUGAGAGGGUACAUGGCUCCACCACGCCUGAAUUAUUUUUUGCGGUAUUUCAAGUCACGACUAUCGGGCUGGGUCAGAUGCUAAGAAUACCCAUAGCCAAGGUGGAGGAUACUUGCUAUAUCCGAUAUCAUGUGUACAGUCUUGUACAAACCAUAUCAACCCAGCCAGCAGCUGCAGUAAACCCCAAUAGCAGCCAUGACAACCCUAGGUAGCAACCAUGGCAACCCCAGGUAGCAACCAAAGAAACCCUAGCCAGAAGCCAUGGCAGUCCCAGCCAGCGACGGCCAUAGUUCCAGCCAGCAGCGAAAGCAACCGGGCCCGUCAGAAUUGCACAUGGAAGUCACAGGUAUUCCUAGCAUCAGCAGCAUCAGCAGAUACAGCAUUAUUAUCAUUAGCGGCGGCGGCAGCAGUAGCAUCAUCAUCGGUAGCAACGGCAGAAGCAGGAGCAGCAGCAGCAACAUUAUUAUCAUUAGCAGUAGUGGCGGCGGCAGCGGUAGCAGCAUCGGUAGUACCGGUAGUGGCGGUGGCGGGAGCAGCAGCAGCGGCAGCAGCAGCAUCUGGAGCGGCAACUUCAGCAGUGGCGGUAGCACCGGCAGUAGCAGCGGCAGCAGCAGCAGCGGCGGUAGCAUUGGGAGCGGCAGCUUCAGCAGUGGCGGUAGCACCGGCAGCAACAGCAGGGGCAUUAUCAGCAUCAGUAUCGGCACCAUCAGCGGCAGUAGCAGCGGCAGCAUUAGCAGCGGCAGCAUCAGCGGCAUCAGCAGCAGCGGCAGCAGCAGCAGCGGCAGCAGCAGCGGCAGCAGCGGUAGCAUCGGGAGCGGCAGCUUCAGCAGUGGCGGUAGCACCGGCAGCAGUAGCAGCGGUGGUGGCAGCAGCAGCGGUGGUGGCAGCAGCAGUGGUGGUGGCAGCAGCAGCGGCAACAACAGCAGUAGCAGCGGCAGUAGCAGCGGUGGUGGCAGUGGCAGCAUCAGCAGCUGCAGCUGCAUCGGGUGAUAGCGGUGGUAGUAGCGGUGGCGGUGGCAGCAGCGGCCUCAGCAGCAGGGGCGACAUGUUUGCCACUGUUGCAUAGCAUGCUCGUUGCUGAUGCAGAAAUUUUGCAGCAGCGGUACCAUGGAUUGUUUUUGGGAUAUGCCGACUGCAGCCACCGUUUCAGCCAUUGCAACAGCAUGUCAGAGGCCGACAUCUCAAAGCUGGCUGACUGCAUCCAGCUGUUUCUUCAGAAAUGCAGAGAAUCCAUUAUCAUCCGGCAGCUCGGCAACAUAACUCCGAAACUACAUCUCUUGGAGGAGCACACAGUCCCGUUCACCAGGAAAUUUGGAGUCGGUCUGGGUCUACUCGCCGAGCAGGGCAGCGAGUCAAUUCACGCCAGAUUCAACAGGCUGAGCUUCGAUUAUAACGCCAUUCCUGGGACUUUGCAGCGCCUCACAGCAAUGUGCCAGCAACAUCUCGUCGGGACAUUGCCGCAACAUGACGCUGUUCGUCCCGCCACGGCAUCAAGAAAACGCAAGGCGUCCGAGCUCGAGCAGUGAUCCUCAGGCCCUGGACGCAGCAGCUUGGCCGUUUCAGCCCUGAUCCAGGCUGUAUUCCUGUGUUGUCAAUGAGAGCUGGUCAUAUGCGUUGACACGUGUUUUCCAUUGUUGCAAAGCAUGACCAGUGUCUGCAACCGCGGCAGUUGCUGUUCCCGAUCAGCGGAAUUGACAUCGGUUUAGUUCCUGCAAAUGUUUGCAAAUUCGCGAGUCGCCUCGCUACCAGAGAUGUACUAGGUACCUCCUCCGGUACAUUGCCUCCUUCUAAAACCGUUUCCAGCUGGCCUGUAUGCACCCUGUACUUAUCCUCACUAACUCACAUUUUCUUCCGUUGGCCUGGGUAUAGCUACUUACGCGCCCAUUUUUUAAUGCAUUCCACCUGAAGGUUAUUUGCUUGAUAACAUUCCUGGAAUAUUUGAAACAUUCUUGAUUGAGUUGCAUUCUUUUUGAAUUACCUGUAAAAGUGCCUGUACUUGGUUGGGCAUUCUUUUGACUUCUUGUACUCUCAACAUAACACAUAAUCUGACGACGGGAGUGUUGAGUAAAACUUUUGAACGACUCUUAGAAAUGUGAUUCGAUCACGACUAUUUGCAUUGCCUCCUCCUUCCAAGAUGAUAAAUGUUUCCAUGCGUUCUUCGGUGUUUUGAGUCUUUUCAGCCUUGUGUUCUUUUGACACAUCGGGCAUGAUCAUUUCUCCCAGAUUCUUAGGUAAUUAAAUGUUCUACUUCAGUUUGGUUUCUCUCUUCAAAGCUUGAUUUCUCAUAUUCGUGGAUGGUCCGCUCUUUGUUGGAACCACCAUGUUUUUAUGCCUCCAGUGAAAUCUGAGCAAUAUUUUUUUCAAUUCUUAGCAACGUCACAAUUCUCUGUGCGUUAGGUCAAUGGUGUUACUGUUAGAUGCAGUGUACGCUGCUCUUUUUCA